CUUUGGAAUCGUCUGUAGUCUCUUCACAGACUGCGAACUCCCCGCGGACUACGCUGGUGCCCACAAGGUUCGGGAGAAAGUUCGUAGCCUACUAGAGUUUGGUAAGAUGUCACCUGAUGGGGAUAGAACGAACUUCCAACAAACUCUUUCUCUCCACCCCCACUGAGGAGACCGCCCACCCCAGACAGUUGGCCCUAGACCCCUUCUAGACUUAAAAAGAGGUUGCAUUCAGAGACAGGCAUUCAUUCAGCACCGACACCCGUCUAAGUACAUUACUUUUUGCGCUGCUUGUUUCAGCAGACAUUAUUUCACUUUGCCCUCACCAUGUUAAGGAUGCUAAGGAGACACCAGAUCCACCCGGGUAUGAUUUUAAUACUGAUCUGGCUUUGUCAUUUCAUUGAGGACCAGAAGGUGCAAGCUGGCAACUGCUGGCUGCAGCAAGGGAAAAACGGAAGGUGCCAGGUUCUCUACAUGCCUGGGAUGAGCAGAGAGGAAUGUUGUAGGAGUGGUAGGCUCGGAACGUCCUGGACAGAGGAGGAUGUUCCCAACAGCACGCUGUUCAGGUGGAUGAUCUUCAACGGCGGGGCUCCCAACUGCAUACCUUGUAAAGAGACGUGUGACAACGUAGACUGUGGCCCCGGGAAGAGAUGCAAGAUGAACCGCAGGAGCAAGCCACGCUGCGUCUGUGCCCCAGAUUGCUCUAACGUCACUUGGAAAGGGCCUGUGUGUGGCUCGGAUGGGAAAACCUACCGCGAUGAGUGCGCCCUGCUGAAAUCGAAGUGUAAAGGCCACCCGGACCUGGACGUCCAGUACCAGGGCAAAUGCAAGAAGACGUGUCGUGACGUGCUUUGCCCGGGCAGCUCCACCUGUGUGGUAGACCAGACCAACAACGCCUACUGUGUGACCUGCAACCGCAUCUGCCCCGAGGUCACCAACCCGGAGCAGUACCUGUGCGGCAACGACGGCAUCAUUUACGCCAGCGCCUGCCACCUGCGGAGGGCCACCUGUCUUCUGGGCCGCUCCAUCGGCGUGGCCUAUGAGGGCAAGUGCAUCAAAGCGAAGUCGUGCGACGACAUUCAGUGCAGCGCGGGCAAGAAGUGUUUGUGGGAUGCCCGCAUGGGCCGGGGCCGCUGUGCCAACUGCGAAGAGGCGUGCCCGGACAGCCGCUCAGAGGAGGCGGUUUGCGCCAGCGACAACACCACCUACCCCAGCGAGUGUGCCAUGAAGCAGGCCGCGUGCGCACAGGGUGUCCUCCUGGAGGUUAAGCACUCGGGAUCUUGCAAUUAGAAAUACCUCAGAAGCUGUGCCACCACUUGACCUCCCCCAUCUAACCCCCUCGCCCACCUUGCUGCAAAGGUCAAAGCGCCAAGCCUCCCGCAACCCUGUCGUAGUAAUUGUACAUCUGGAGCAAAGGAUCUAGAGAGCGAAACUGAAAAAAAGAGAGGCAUGUUCCUAGAACCCAAAGAGCACAUUUUGUCCUCUUUCAGGAACCUGCCAAAAAGAAAUGGAAGAAAAAAAAAACAGACCUGGGCCAUUCAGCCUCCAUAUCACCCCUCUCUCUCCCUCAGCAUCAGGGUCGACUUCCUAGGUUAUGUAAAUUGGGUUGCGUAAUUUGGGAAUGCAGAGGCGCAUUGUUGACUGCCAAAUCGCCUAAAAAAAAAACAGCAACAAAACAAAGCUAUACUGUGGCUGCCAGAUUUUCUUCCCUUCUUAUUCAAACUUUCACUGAGAUUUCUGCGCUGUUGUGUGGUCUUGACUCAUGCAACAGCUACCAUGUAUUCUUCCAUCUAGCCAUCACAGAAGACCAGGAAGAGGAGGAGGAUGAGGACGACCAGGACUACAUGGCCUAUAUCCAUUUAUCUCCACUCCUGGAUGGAUAAAACAAAACAAAAAAUCACACAUUCACACACUUCCCAUACACAACCCUUAUCACCGCCGGCGGAUCUCUCCAUCUUGGGGCGAGGAAAAUCUGUUUAUACUGUACAUAUGUGUAUGCUUAUUUAUUUUUUAAAAGAAAAAAGGAAGUAUACAUAUAGUCCAGUCUGCUAGAUUGUUUAUUUAUGCAGUGUUUUUUUUUUUUUUUCCUUUGUUGGAUUUAUAAUUUAUACAUUUACAGUGUCUGGCUUACUAUCAAUCAUGUUUUAUUUUAAAGAUUGUGAGAGUGUAUGAAUGCUAUGUGUAUGUGUGCAUGUGUGUGUGUGAGGUUUGUGAGAAUGUGUGAAUGAGAUGUGUAUGUGUGCAUAUAUGUGUGUGUGUGUGUGUGUGUGUGAGACAGAGGGGUUUGUGAGUGUGAAUGAUAGGUGUGCAAGUGGUUGUGCAUCGUUUGUGUGAUACAUUUUUUUUCUUUUUCUUUCUUUUUUAUUAUGAAGAAAUAUAUUUGUCCAAAGAAAAGCAAUGUUAUUUAUUGUGAGGUACUAAGGUUACCAUGUAAAGUGUAUGUCAUCUGCCAGCUGUAAAUUGCAUUCCCCAUGCUGUACAAAUCUGCUUAUCACUGUCCAUUCUCUGCCACAGAUGUUUAUAUCUCUCUCACACACACUCUCUCACACACACACACACUCUCUCUCUCUUUCACACACAUACACACACAAGAAAAAUGCAUGUUAGCCUGUGUGUUUAUUUAUUGGGACUCUGUCACUCUUUAAAUGUACAUAAAUGUUACUGGUUUUGUUUACAGUUCAUUAUAGCUGACCAAAGGGACUCUCUCAAUGGUUCUGCAAAGUGGCUCAAUAUGGUGCAGCACGCCAAUAUAUAUUUCUUCUGAAAGUAAGCCCUUAAUAAAAUAGUUUAAGUAGAUGUCAAACACCAGAUAUCUUUACAACUGCAGUAUUGUCUUUUCGGUGAAAUGAUAGGAUAAAGAAAAUAGUUUAAAAUCAUACUUGAUUAUCAGAUGUGCCAUUUACAUGUGUAUGCUAUUUCAUUUUUUGCCAAUGUUCUGCUCCAUAUUGCUCUCGCAGAGCACACAGGAAUAAUGAUCCGUAGCAUUGAGUAUCGGUAUAUCACACCUAUCACCUUUCUUUGUUUAUGUGCAUUGUUUUGAAAAUGCAUUUUUUAUUUUUCAGACAUCACAAGAUAAAUACGAAAAUUCAGUUAUAAAUAUAUAGUUUUGUAUUUUUUUAUGUAAAUGUCAUAUGUAUAUACAAAGUUUGAUGGUAUUUGUACAGAUAUGAAGAGUGAAAACAAUAAUAAAAGGAAAUACAUGAAACUA